GGAUUUCUCUGUUAGGUGCCUGAGCAAUGGAAUAGUGCAGUGCAGGUAAGUUAGUUUUUACCUACCUCCACUGCUCUAUUAACCCUGGUAAAGUAAUGAUUACUGAGGUGAAGAAAGGAGGAACUGUCUGGGAGUGAUGUUCCUCUUUAAUGAUAUGACCCUUUACUUUUAACAUUGCUGCUUCUGAGAAGGUGAAGCAGCUGCAGUGAGGAGACUCCCUGACUGGUAGAUUUAAUUGCAUUUGAUUUUUAUUUAUUUUUUUAAUUGGGAGCCAUAAAUCUACAGCAACAAAAUAAUAACACCAAGAAGUUAAACACAAUUAUAGUUUAUUUUUAACCUUUCUAUUGUUUUUUUUAAACUUUUUGCUUGUUUGGUUGCAUUGCUGUUCAGCUUUGUAAAACGCUGAUUCCACCACAUUCUGAAUCUACACUACAAGCUCAGAGGAGGAGAGGGAGAGGCUCUGCAGUCAGGCAUAGAGGAAGUAAGUGAAUGGUCUGCUUGUGUUUUUUUUUUUCUUUUUAGAGGGAUGUUCCUUUAUGAGUCCACCUGACAACACACCGUAAGAGGGAACUGCUCACAGUUGGCUUUGUGGAUCUGCAAGCUGAAACAGCUCUGGAGGCAAUGAGGAGCAUGCAAGCCUUUUAUUAAAGGAAUCAUUCUCCAGGUAAAACAGCCCCAUUUUACAGAAAACUAUUUCUAAGAGCUUGGGAUCUCUGGCAGUUUAAGUUUACCACAAAUGCUCUUUUAUUAUAAAUUCCAUUCAUAAAUAUUCAUCAUUCUCUCUAUCUCUCUCAUGGAGGUGGUGCUGGAUGCAUUUUUAGAGGAACACUAUAGAAUUACCGGUAGUUUGAUUUUAUUUAUAAUUUAUUUUACUUCUGCUCUCUCUGCUCAGCUCCGUCCUGCAGUGAUGCUGGGAGACGGAAUAUGACGUCAGUCCAGCUCCUGGCAUCACUCUGCGGCAUGCGAUGGAGCUGAUCACUGCUUCCUCGCUGAAAACUUAGAGCGCCCGCCCGCGUGGCCACCUUCCUGCCCAGCAGCCCCACUGAACCCCAGGUGAAAAAUCCACCAGCUAUCCCAAAAGUAGGGAGGAUGGGUGGAUUUAAAUUUAAAAAAAAACAUAAUAAUAAUAAUAAUUGUGAGUCUUGGGGGGAAAAUGUGUGUGUUUGUCAAUGAAUGUGAUUGUGUGUGUCUGAGUGUUUGUGCGUGUCUGUCAGUAAGUGCAUGCAUCUGUCAGUGAGUGUCUAAAUGAUUGUAUGUGUGUCAAAUCAGUGAGUGUAUCUGAGAGAGUGUGUGUCUGUCAGUCAAAAUGUGUGUUAGUUAACAGGAAGAGGUGUGGCCUUGGCAGGAAGGGGCGAGUACAUUUAAAUUAGGGGGUGCCCGAGAUCUGUCAUGCCUAGGGCAGCACCAUUUCAAAAUACACCAUUGCCUAUGUUAAUCUCUCUUCCAUCUCUCAACCCAGUCUACCUGUUCCCAAACAAAGCUGAUUUGGACAGUUUCUUAACCUCCUUUACCUACCUCAUCGCUGAUGGCUGAGUAGAAUGAGAGUCAGUCAUGGCAGUGUUAGGAUGCUUUGUUAGGAAUCUGUGAAGCAUCACUAGUGUAGAAGGCAACGAUCUCACUAUAGCUUGCAAUCACACCAGAGGAUUAAAAUCCCACAGGCAACCUACCAGUUUGGGGGCCCCUUCAUUUCCCACAUAGGCUGGAUAAUAGGACCAAGCAAAUUGAUGGUUCUGAGGCCGCUGUCUACCCCUGGGCCCUUGGUGGAUGUCUAGGGUCACCUUAUGGUUAAUCCUACUCAGACUUAAACCCCUGGCAAUUUACUUCAGAGUCCUGGAGAACUGUGUACCUUCUCAGGAGUCUGGCUCUAUUGCUAGAAUGCUAUUUUGACAUUAAAUUUUGAAUUGACUGUGAAGUCUCACUUUAUUGAAUAACCCUGAUAGUCAAUGUACUCAAUAUUUGUUACACCAUAUCUAUUAAAAAAUUCACAUUCGGGGUGCAGGGCCCAACCGCCAUGCUGACCGGUUGCGGGCUGGAAAGGCUCCUGGAAAAUGUGGUCUCCUGUGGCAAGUUUCCAAGCAAUAUUGGAGUCCAAGAGUUACCUUAAGUGUCCAGGCUGUUGUCGGAGCCACUGUGGCCCCUGAGAUUGGGAGUUUCAGAGCCCUGGAGGGUAAUUCGAGGAUUCGGAGUCUGCGGCCUAUGAGGAUGGAGACCGGGGCGGACGGCCGCCAUCCUGUUUGCGAACCUGACUGCCAUGCAACAGCCUUGUGAUGCACUUUGCGGGUCCUGCCCCUCCCACCCAUGGGCCGGGGGGGUUUCCCGGUCCCUACUGGAGGGAAACACCGCCUACCCGGCACUGUGCAUCCCACGCCUGGUCACCAAAAUGGUGACACAUAUCUCUCAGACACCUAUUCACAGCUUAAAAGGACACACCACUGCCUAAAUACAAUCAAAUAAAUAUCACUGUUCAGUAGAAAUGCCCCAAUGAAAACAUAAAUGCAUUUAUUUAUGUAGUUUUCAUUGGGGUUAUAUCUAAAAUCUAGGUGCAAAAGCUGCAGAUCUCUUGUCGGAAGGCUUCGCAAGCCCUGCUCUUUUUCUAACCAGGUCCAGACUUUCUGUGGCUGUCCAAUCACAGACUUCCCAAUGCAGCUCAAUGAGAAGUCUUUGCAAGGCAGGUGCUCUAGGCAAUUGCUUCCUCUUGAGUUUAGCUCCACUGAGCUAUCGAAACGAGGAAGUAACAGGACCUGUUGUCUGCUUGCAAGCCAAGGGGGUGUAACUAAGUUAAUUUUUAGAAGUGUCAAUAUCUAUUGAAAUCUGCAGUUUUUGUAAAAUGAAACAAAGAGGACACACUCUUCACACAUAAAGCACCUCAGCAAGCUAAAGUGCUUUAUGGAUCUGGAGUGUCCUUUUAACUAGGGCCGUCUUUAGCGCGGGGCAAACGGGGCAGCUGCUCUGGGCCCCACGAUUUCAGCAGCCCCCAUGUACCCGGCGGCCGGCGGUGCAGCCGCACCGGCCUGCCAACUAAGGAGGCCCCCGGGUGGCGCAUGCACUAAGGGCCACCCUGUGGGCAUGUGGCAGAAGGGGCCCGGUCGGGCGCUGUGACGCUUAAACAGCGCGACCGGGCCCCUUCCUGUACCGGCUGGGAAGAAGUAAGUACCGCGUGUCACUUCCUCCCACCGGAGAUAGCCGCGCGGGAGGAGGAAGGCAGGGAGGAGGGGAGUUCCAGAGAAGAACUCCCAUCUGCCUCAGCCUGCCACUGGACCCCAGGGAAACCACCCUCCAUAAAAAGGUAAGAACCUGGAGGGUGGAUAAAUGUAUGUCAGUAUGUGUGUGUGUUAGUAUGUCUGUGUGUGUGUGUUAGUAUGUCUGUCUGUGUUUGUGUGUUAGUAUGUCUGUGUGUGUGUGUGUGUGUCAGUAUGUCUGUGUGUGUGUCAGUAUGUCUGUGUGUGUGUCAGUAUGUCUGUGUGUGUGUUAGUAUGUCUGUCUGUGUUUGUGUGUUAGUAUGUCUGUGUGUGUGUUUGUAUGUCUGUAUGUGUGUGUGUUUGUAUGUCUGUAUGUGUGUGUGUUUGUAUGUCUGUAUGUGUGUGUGUUAGUAUGUCUGUAUGUGUGUGUGUUAGUAUGUCUGUCAGUAUGUCUGUUUGUGUAUGUCAGUAUGUCUGUGUGUGUCUAUGACAGACAUACUGACAUACACACACACACAGACAUACUGACACAUACACACACACAGACAUACACACACAAACAUACUGGCAUACACACACAGACAUACUAACACACACAGACAUACUGACAUACACACAGACAUACUAACACGCACAGACAUACUGUGUGUAUGUCUGUGUGUGUAUGUCUCACUGUGUUCCAGUGUGUGUGUGUGUAUGUCAGUAUGUCUGUGUAUGUCAAUACGCCUGUCAGUGUAUGUGUCUGUGUCAAUAUAUCUGUCAGUGUAUGUGUCUGUGAGUAUGUAUGUGUGUGUGUCAGUAUGUCUGAAUGUGUGUCAAUGUUUGCCAGUAUAUAUUUUUGUGUCAGUGUAUGUGUGUGUCAGUAUGUAUCUGCGAAUGUUUUAAUGUGUCUGUGUGUGUAUGUGUCAGUAUGUCUGUCAGUGUGAUUGCGGGUUGGGUGUAAUGGGAAAGGAGGGUGCGGUGACAGGGCCCAGGGGGCCCAAGAAAAGGCUUUGCCCGGGGUCCUAUUCAUAUUAUAGACGGCCCUGCUUUUAACAUUCAAAUUCCCAAUCCAAAAAAAACUUACAAGCAGAUAUACAUGCAAUCAUAGUCACAGAAACACAAUUUGCCAGACAAACACAAAGAUUCACCCACAGAUAUACACUGGAAGACACACACACUAAAACAAUAUUGUAAAUCCAUGUUUUUUUAGCCACUUUCCUGUUUACAUAUAUUUUAAGUGCAGGAAAGUGGUUUCCCUGUAGUUUAGUGGAGCACUGGCUGGUCCAGGAUGCCAGUUCCAUUCCUACGCAUGGUAUCUCUGGGCGCUCUGGGACAGUGUAGUGAAAUCACUUCCUCCCAGUGUAGCACUGCCGCAGGAAAAGUCUGUCAGCUAUUUCGGAAUGUACGGGCUUUCAUGCCCUGGUGCCAGCCCUGCCUACCAGCAAUAUGUUUUCACAGUUCACAGAAUUCCCAGUGUACAUGAGAAAAAUGGGAACACAGAAUGUACCCUGCAUAGGACAUGGGGUUACACAGUGCAGUACACUACUGUGCAUCACAGUUGAGCACAGGCACCAUUAUAAAUAGCAAUAAUGCAUUGCUGGAAAGACACUUAGUGUUUGUACAAUAAAUCCCACACUAGAAGAAGUAUUUAACCUGAGUGUUCUGACAGGUCUUGCACCUUCACCCAGUCUAAGUGCCUGUUAGGGCAGACAACCAUACUACUAGUCAUUUCAUUACUGCUUUUUUUUUUAUUACUUUAGUUCCUUUUUAUAUAAAUAUAUUAAGGUUACAAUAAGGUCCAUUGUAAAAAAAAUUAUUUAUUAUUAACAACCAUAUGACUCAUUUCUGUUGACUGUUGGCGUUGGCAUGAAGAAGCCUUAUGUUAUCCCAGAUUUAAAUAUAAUGGGCAUUCUGCCAGACACGUAACCUUUUUGGUAAUAGUAACAGUUCUGGAAUGUCAUGAGACCCUUGUUGAACUUUGUGAGAUAUUUAUUAAGGGGCACUAUUUAGUAAAGUAGUGAUCAUCAUUAUAUUGGAUGACAUGUCGUAUUAUGCUCAUGCGCCAGCUCUUUAUCCCUAGCAGGAUCUCUCAAAAUGACUAAGAAGCUGUUUCUCAUUGAUGUGGACUGUGGUGUGGACGAUGCUCAGGCGCUGAUGAUGGCUCUUGCAGCCCCAGAGGUUGAAAUCCUGGGAAUCACAUGUUGCUUUGGAAAUACGACCAUUGAGCAUGUCUGCAGGAAUGUGCUGCGUGUUUUACACGUGUGUAACAGGAUGGAGGUGAGAUCACAAUUACAGAUUUUUCAAUAUGAAAGCACUUUUUUUUUCUUUUCAUGUUCACUUGUGUCUAAUUUAAAAAGUUCUGCAAGAAAUCUGAAACUGGGAAGAGAAAUGGUCCUUUUUGUACAAAUCAUCUCUUUCAUGGAAGCAACUCACUCAGAAAAUGUUCAGGUGUAUUCAGAAAGUUUCACAUACCUUAAAGAGGAACUGUCACACAGGAGGUAAAUACGUAAUCUAACUACUAAGUGGAAAGUUAAGGCGAAGGAUGAUAAAAUGAUUUCCAUCCAUACCUUUUACAUAUAUACACAUAUUUCAUUUUAUAUUUUUUUUGAUCCACAUAUAUAUGUUUCAAAGGAGUAGGAACACUACUCUACAACAUUUAAUGUAUUUUAACUCAUUCCUGAGUCUGUUAUGCAUUUGGCUAAUGAGGGGUUAACAUAUCCCCUUCUGCCGAGCAGACAUUCUUGCCACUUGUUCAGCCCACUCUCCGCCCACCAACUGACGUACUUGGGCGUGACGAUGACGUCACGAAGCACAUGGGCGGAGCUUAGAAGGUUUAAAGGGACACUGUAGUCACUAUAAGCAUUUCAUCUCUUUGAAUUGGUUAUAGUGCCUGGAGUACCCUGGCACUGUCCCUCCAUUCAGUGUUGCACCAUGUUCGUGCAGUAUGCCACAAAAUAAGAGUCCCUGGCCACCCACAGUCCGGCCCCUUCAGUAUGUGUAGCUAAGGCAGAGAUUACACACUUCCUUGUUUUCAUACCCAUUCAUACCAUCUCUCUGACAGGCUAAAAGCAGUCAGCUGACACUCUCAGCCAAUCACAGCUGCCCAUUGCUGCUCAGGCUAAUACUUCCUUAUUAGCCAAAGCAGGACAGAGGGGAUGGAUUGCUGGGGACUCUUGUUUAGCAUUAAAACUUUAAAAACUGUUUAAUGCUGAUAGAAAUUAUGGGACCAGAGGACUCCAGACACUAUAACCAGUUUAAUGAGAUGAAGCAGAUACAGUGCCUACGGUGUCCCUUUAAAUCGUGGCGUCUCUCCACAUCCCGGUAAGCUCUUGAGAAAGGCGCAUUCUGGCACCGAAACACGCGUUGAGCUGCAUGGAGACCACAGGGUCUUUUAUUUAAUAAACGCCCACUAUUUCGUUCUGGACAGGAUAGGACCGCAAUAUAAGAAUAAGAGGGGGGAUUCUCUAGAUAUACGUGUUAGGACUUAAGUUUCUACCUUACUGGAAUCCAAGCUACUUUUUACACUCAGGAGCUGAUAGCUGUAGGAACAAUAGCAGACUUUAACUAUCUAUACAAUUACUCGGCAGAAUCCUUUAGGUGGUGUGAGAAUUGUGUAUACCAUUAUCAGGAAUAGGAUUAUAUCUAGACAGGUUUGAUAUAGAGAAUACAGAGAAUAUGUAGGCGUUUAAACUUAGGUCCGGCCGGACUCUUUCAAUACGUGGUUUCUCUCUCUCUUUAUACUAUUUUUCUCUCUAGCAGAAACUAAGGGGGAACUUUUGGAGUAUUAUUAGGGGCUUUCUAAUUCCCUCUAAAAGUGAUACUAUAGUCUAUGUCAUCCUAUAGUCCUAACAUAGGCAACCCUCACCCAUACAAGUUACUAAAAGCACUAUAUCUUAGAAGGGUGUUUUCACCCAGAUUAGGCAGGGCAUAGUUGUUCGCUGCCUAUUGAGUGGCACCUGUUCCUUUAAAGCAUGUUACCUCAGCAUAUUGACUGUGGGAGAUUCACACACAUAAACUACAUUGGCUGCUUAGACACUGUUGCACAAUUAUUACUAUUAGCAACAGUUUAUAUCCUAAUCUCAGUUGCUACUAACAGGAGCCUGUUUGGUGUGAUGUACAUAUUGCUUUAUAAAUAGAAUAGUAGAUGUUUGGUUUUUUUUUUUUUUCUUUUUUAUACACACACUUUAUUUUUUGUAUAUACACUUUUCAUUUUUCUUCAUUCCCCAAGAGGGAUUAAUAAAGAUUUAUUAAUUUCUUUUUGUACCAAAUUUUCCCAAGUUCCAAACUGGAAACCAAUUGACUUAUACUAGCGGAACAGUCUCCUUUUAGGGUAUAGGGACUGAUAUUUGGGAAGAUCCUUUUUUGAGAUUCUUCUUUCAGUCUUUUUCUUUUCUUAAGUGGAAAGUUAACCCCCUAACUCCCAAAAUCGGAUAUAAAUGUUUGUACUUUCAGUUACUUUGCAAAAGCCUUAUUCACCAUCAUUUACACUACAGCAGUGAUUGUCGGCUAUAGAGGUUACUUAGCCAGUUACCAAUUCUACCAAUUUAAGGACACACCCUAUUGAUUUAUUUAUAUAUAUAUAAUUUAGUAGAUAUACAUACAUAGGAAAACAUGCAUGUAUUCUUUCCCCGCAUGAUUUCCAAUAAUAAAAAAAAAAAAAGUUAGAAAAAGCUGCAGACAUGCCUAUGCAAGCCCUUACAGCUCAUUGACAAGGGGGGGAGGGCAGGCUCAUUAUAGCACAUUGUGCCUGUCACUUCAGUUAGCUCUGUGGUGCUACCAGAGGUGGAAGAAAACUUCUCAGGUUGUCUGACAGCUUGGGAGUUAUUUCUGUCUCUAGUUAUAAAAUUGCAGAUUUCUAUUGAAUAUAGAUGCAUAAAGCAGUUUUUUAUGUCUAUAGGAAUGGUAUGAUCCAUUCAAUCAGUAUAUUUGCAGUCAGGCACGACGUGGGGGAGCUGAGUGAACGAUGUGUCCAAGUCACCAUUUUGCUAAGUUUUAGCACAGAAAUUAAGGUAUUGACACCUAAAACCACUGCCCCCUGCUUUCUUCAUCUCGCUGUGUUUUAUUUUGAGGAAAGUUUAAGCAGGUGGCCGAUGAUAGGGUGAGAGUCUAUCAUGGGCCUCUCAGUUAAACCUUAUUGUACUGCAACACACAGAGAAAGGAAGCCGGGCGGCAACUAUGCUCAAAGUUUGGCUAUUUAGACUUUACAUUUGAAAUUCACUUUAAAUUGCUUACAAUUCUCACUUUAGUGAAUAACCCUGAAAUUUAUUUCUUUGUGUGUGUCUAUGGGGCAGAUUCCGGUGUACCGUGGAGUCUCACAUUCCCUUCUUGGAGAAAUAAAUCCUGAAUUUGCCCACUUUGGAGGGGACGGACUGGGGGACGCAGGUGAUCCAAAUAGUCCAGGACUGGAACACCUGCAGCAGGAAGAUGCUGUUCAUGCUAUGAUACGGAUUAUCAAUCAGUAUCAAGACCAAGUAAGGCAUGCCUCUGCAACACUUGGACAAUUUCCACCUGGAACCUUUAUUUCUCUACAGAAAAAAAAUAAUAAUCAUCAUUGGGUUGUGAUCUAGUCAGGGCCAGAUUUCCCAAAAGGCAGCCGAGGCCAUGGCCUCGAGGCAGCACACAGGAGUGGGGCGGUACUGCUGGAACAGUGUAUUGUUGGUGCUACAGCAGGAGUGCUUGGAUGAGAAGGAGAAUAGCUUUUUAGCCUUCUCACUGGCACCUGUGGCGGCAGGUCCUCUCACCCUGCAGGUAGCUGAAGGAACUGCAAGGAAGCACACAGAGAUGAUGUCAGCGUCACAAUACCAUGCAACCUCCUGUACCUCCAGCUACCUGUAGUUACUGCUGAAGCCCCAACACUGCUGGACAAGAAGUAAGGUAUGCUUAGAGGGCAUAUUAUAAAAGACACUGGAGAGGAGGUAAGAGAAGACUGAACAAUUAGAUAAGCGGGGAGAGGACAUAAGAGAAGAACAAUUGAUUUAAAUGGGAGAUUAGAGGGAAACGUGAUGGAUGGGGGGAGAGAAAUUAUUGUGAGAACCAUUGUGUAAGCAGAGGGACAGAAGAGUUAAAUAGGUGAUUUAAAAAGGAGAGAAGAGGGGUACAAGCGAGGAAUGGAGAUAAAGAAGAGGCGAACAAGUAAGAAAUAGGGGAAAGAUGGGAAUAAGUGAAUGAUGGAGUAAAGAACAACGAGUAAAGGAAAGACGGAAACGAGAAGAGGCGAACAAUUGGAAAAAAGAGUGGGUUAUGGGAAGAGGGCCAUAAUUAGGGAAAGAGGGAGGGGAACACAUGUAAGGGAAAGAUAAAUGAAUAUAUAAUGGGCAUUGAAAAAAAAAGAUAAAAAGCGGAAUUGGAUACACAUCAUAUCCCCUAUCCAACCUGUCAGUCCCAUCUCACCUCCCAGUCUUACCCACUCACCCUGUCACAUUCAUAUAAUUAACCACAUAACACAUCACCAUGGUCAAACUAAGCUCAAUGCCUCUUCAUCAUUUUAAUAUUGGGUUCAACUGUAUUAAAAAUCUUGCUUUUGUCUUUAAAAAGGUUUCCUUAAUAGCACUGGGGCCUUUGACCAAUGUGGCCCUUGCAAUAAAACUGGACCCUUCUAUUCCCAAGAAGCUUCACAAGUUGUACAUUAUGGGAGGAAACCUUGAAGGUAAAAAAAAAAAAACAACCUUUGCUUUAGAAUAACAAUGAAACAAGCUGAAUUGAACAGCUACAACAUUAUAAAUAUGUAUGUAUUCACAUUAACUCACACUGGCAGUUAUUUCAUAUUCAUCUUAUUAAAUCUAUAAAAGGAACGAACGUCCUAUUAAACUGAAAAAUAAUACUGUUGGGUAAUAUGAAUGCUAUUGGAGAACGGAAAAUUCUAUCUGGGAUGGGUGACCAGCUGGAGUGCAAAAGGUUGCCUGCCCCAGAUAUACACUUGCGUAUGGGGUUAUUCACAAACGUCUGAAUGGGUCUCAUACCAAAUGGGGUAAAACCAUCUGGAUGAAUAAGGGUUUAUGCUAUUCAACAAUAUCUGCGCCUGAAUUUGGUCUGGAUUUCAACUGGACCAAACAUUGUCGGAAUGAUGAAGUCUAGGCUUGAAUUAAAAUAAAAUAAAAAUACAAACUAUUUGCUCACUGGCAGCUCUUGUAGCCACCGGGUAAAUAGUUAAAAACCCUCCAAAGUUUAAACCUGUGGCAACUGGCUAGCAUUUGCUAGCCAGCUGCCAUAUUUAAUAGUUAGAAAUCCAUAAAUGAAAAAGCCUAUGGAGGGUCAAUAAAACCCCCAUAUUCCUAUAAGGGAAAUUUAAAACCUCCCUAUUUCCCAACCUGUUAUGUGGCAGGUCGUGGCAUAUCUACUAAAUGUCUAUAUCCAUGGCCAACAGGUGGGUCUAUUUAUUAUUAUUAUUUGUUUUAUUUUUAUUUUUAUUUUUUGCGGUGCAUAUAGUGAUUACAACUGGCUCUAGGUACCCCAACGGCAUUCCUUGAGCUGCUUGGCAUAGAUAACAAGUAGGGUAGUUGCUAGACAAUGCACAUUUUUUGGUAUAAUGGGUACAGGAUAAGGUUACAUGCAGGUAUUACACUCUUUUUACCAUUUGCUGGAUACAUGCUUUAGAUAUGAGCGGUAAUAUAUCACUCUUUAGACCCCUGUAGCUACGCAUGAGUAAAGUGAGUAAGGCUGGUGCAUUGUGACAGGUGAAAUUCAAUAUUGCCAUGUUUACACCAAGACAAGAUAAAAUUAGGAGAGUCCUUUUCAGAGAGUCCACUUGUGCCUCUGUUUAGCUUGUGCCCUCUGUUGGCUCUGCAUGUUCCUGCUGCUGUCUGGCGGUCUGUCUGUGUUGCGACUUUCGCGGGGUCGGUUGGCAGAUGCUGCACGAUAGUCCGGGAGCGGUAUGCGGCAUCCGGCUCGAUGGACCCAGACUGGAGAGCGGUGUGUAGCGGGGUAAGGGCUGGUGGUCCCUGCUGUUGGGCGAGCGCUGGCUUGCUGUGCCUCUUUCUCCGCCACCGUUUGCUGGCCCAUCUCCUUAACGGAGCCGAGAGCUGGUGAUGAGGCUCCAGGGGUAAGUGACCCACUAGGGUGCCAGAAUGUGUGCGUGCCGGCGAUCUCGUGGGUGUCAGAUUUGCUGGUGCUUCUGGUCCGCGUUGGUUGCGGCUGAUGUGGGGGGACCAUUUUUUUGCACUCUGUUCUUGGUGCUGUUGAGCGCAGCCUCCGCCAUCUUAGGUUUAGCUUCUGGGUUGCGGAUCGGUUUGGCAGUGUUGCUAGGCCUUAGUUAUGUAGUAGAGGUCGGGGCACCAGGGUGAGAACCGGGAUCCCCCCCCUAGUCCGGGGGGGGGGGGAAUAGUGCAGGUUCCUCGGGGGUCUGAGCCCUCGGCUGGGCACUGUUAGGUGGGAUAGCGGGCAGCGGCCAUCUGCUCCACUCACCGCCAGAGUAGGCCCCAAUUUUGGGAGUAAAGAUCUCUCUUCCAGGGGACUAAUACUCGUUGAGCCAGCCUCAUCCUGGAUCCAGUGCACUCUGCCCGUCGAGGGCCGCUGUUGCUGGUCAGCAGAAGGAACAAAAUUGUGUUUUUAUGGCUUAAUGGUUUAGCUUUUUGCGGGAGCUAGUCUGUCUUGCGACAGUCCAGCUUGGUGGUCCGGCCCCGCCCCCGGGUGGGUCUAUUUAAAAAAAUACAGGUGGGCAUUCCUAAUGUCACCCCUGUCCUUACCUGUGGUCAGUGGGUGUGGGCUAUUGUAAGUGGGGGCUACAUAUAAUAGAGGGAGGAGGAAUUAGUAUCUUCCCCCGGUCCCACCCAUGGGACCGAAUGUGAGGUCCUAAUUAUAUUAGGCGACAGUUGGGGGCUCUAAAUAUUAAAACCAUGGGGGGUGGACAUGCCAUUGUUUAACCCCCCUCCCAAUUACUGGGAUUGCCACCCCUUUCCAAGGAGGUAGGGGUCCCCAAUCCCAUCUCUUAUUAAAAUUAAUUAACCCUACCUAUCCCUAUCGCCCUAAUAAAAGUGAGGCGGGGUGAAACAUAAAUAAUACCUGUAAAAUUAAAAAUGAUGCUUACAAUCAGAAGUCUUCUUUCUUCUAACUCUUCUUUUCUUCAGUCACCAAAUGUUGAGAUUUAUCAAAGCUUUGUUUUCUAAACGUGAUCUAAAGUAAGUAGGACUGUCACUAUGGAAAAAAAAGUUGUACCUGCAGGCACAUUCCACUGGUGACUACUCCCCUUUCAACUUUUUGCACUGCUUUUUAGAACAGAAAAGUUUGAUAAAUCUUCCAGAUUGUGUUAGUUCAGUGACGUUUUUCUUUUGCAGGAAGAGGUAACAGAACAGUGUGUGCAGAGUUUAACUUCUGUCUUGACCCAGAGGCUGCCUACAUUGUGAUGAAUGAAUUUACAUGCCCCACCUAUAUCGCUACUUUAGACUUUUCUCGUGCAAACAGCCUUACAAUGGUAUGAAUUUUUAUUUUCACUUCAUAUAGCAAAAAUACAUAUAGCAUUACACAGUAUCUAUCUUUGGAAACAUCACUGCUAGGAUUAUUGCCUCACUCGACAACACAAUAGUACAAUGGCUGUAGUUUCCUGGCAUUGCACCUCCAUUCAGUGUAAAACCAUUUUCAAGCAAUAUAACACUAAACAAAGAUCCCUGUCCACUAAAAAAACAACCUAGAGGUAUAUAGAUGUGGUAAAUAAAGGAGUAUAAGCAUUAUAAUAAUAGAGACUCAAAAGAGACAGAAAUAACAGGAAAUGUUAGAGGAGUAAACCUAUUGGGGAACACAGUAGGGUACAUGGUUGGGAAAGAAACCAAGGAGAAGGGAGUGCAGGGAGAGGGUUUUGUAAUUGUACAGAGACAUUUGCGAUUUAGUUUUUAUUGCUGGAUAAGUCAAUGUAUAGGGUUAAGGUUCACUAAACUGCGAAUUGAGCUGACCUACUGAAACCAGGAACUACAGUAUAUUAAUCACAUCAAAUAUAUUGCACCCGUGUUACACAUUUCAUGCAAUUUUUCUAUAAAGAUUUAGAAUGUUGUAUAUUACAUGCUCUACCCUUUUACUUUUAUUUCAGGAUGAUCUUUUAAUCUUGUAUUUUUGGGGUUAGGCUCUCAUAUAGGGGAUGUCCCAGGUACAACUUAAUCAGCAUCUCCUUGUGAAUUUGCGAAAGUAUACAUUUAAAUGUAUUAAUAAAACUAAACUUCCCUGUCAGUCUUGGUUUUCCAAAUGAGAUAGGAACGUUUGCCAAGUUCUUCUGUUUUGAGAUUCAGGGUCAAUUAAUUCAUACAUUGACAUCCCAACAUCUGGAUAAUGGUUUGUAGGUUAAUCAUGAUGAACAAGGUGUUUUACCAGGAAGAUUACAUUUAUGUCCUCCUGUAAUUUCUACAAGAUAUUCAUGUAAUUAUAGUGCUUGUUUAUAUACUGUAGUAGUUUAAAUACCCUCAAUAGUAUACAUAGUCCUAACACGACUGUUCUGAGCCGGUGUCCAGUGAAAUUAAAAUUUAAGGCCCAGAAUAUCCAAAUUGAAAACAUUUGGAAUUUUUUCAUUUUGGUUAUUUUUCCCUUCAAUUUGAAAUUAAUUUUGAAUUCUUACUCUAGUGAAGAUCCCUGUAUGUGAACAGAAGGGAAUGGCAGAUUUAGAUUCCUGUUUUAUAGCUAGUACAGGACACUAAUGGCAUGCUGUAUUCACCCUCACAGGAAUAUUUCAAAGACUGGGUGAACCAGGACACUGCAAAAGCUAAAUUUAUGAAAACAAUCACUGCCCGCUGGCCACAGAAAGACAGCUUUGUGUCUUAUGACUCCUAUGCUGUGGCUGCUGCGAUCGAUGAGAGUAUUAUAACAGAAAGCCUGGAGUGCGCAGUAAGUGUGGAACUACAGGGACAUUACACAAGGGGGAUGAUGGUUCUGGAUUCUGAUGAAAAAUUGAAGAAAAACCAUAAAGUCACCCUAAUGAAAAAAGCAAACUUGGAAAAAUUUAAACAGCGUCUGUGGUCAGCCUUGGCUUAAAAAGAGAAAGUGACUAGUGUAUCAGAUUUAUUCUCAAAUGUAAAAUAAAACGUAUCUUUAAGUGUAUGGGUGUUUAGACCUCUGAACUAUUGUUUGAAAUGUUGGGAGGGAUGAGUUUGUAUCAGAUGGACAAAAGAGGACACUUAUUUUAGGUAAUUUGAGUGUGGAUGUGUCCAGGGGUAGUUCUGGGAAUUUAUUUUAUUUUAUUUUUAUUUUUCUUACCAGUAACGAUUUAGGACACUAAAAUGCAGUUUAGAACAAAAACUAUGUACUUUAAAACAUCUUUGCAGUUUAAAGAAAAUGACUGGGAAUUUUAUUGCUGUGGAGCUCUGUUAUACACUCAGGCACACCAACAAUAUGGAGCUUCUAGAGAAGAGUGCCAUUUGGAAAGAAAAGAGGGACAUGUGCAAGUGCCUUACCUGAAAUAGAAGAACGAUAACAUUCCAAUAACACGUUAAUAUUUAUCAUAUAAAACUGUCAAAAUAUCAUAAUUGAUAUCCAU